ACCCGUACGAACACUCGCACUAUUAUAGACUGUGUACGUUGCAAUUAACAGUAAUAAGUUAAAAUGGCAAACAAUGGCGCGAAGGAAGAAGUGUGCCGCGUUGGCGUCAAGGUGCCGCCAUUUUGGCCGAACGAACCGGCAUUGUGGUUUGUUCAAUUAGAAGGACAAUUCGCCUUGUCUAAUAUAACGGCGGAUGGCACGAAGUUCUACCACGUUAUCGCCAAUUUAGACUACAAAUAUGUAUGCGAGGUAAAAGAUGUAAUCACGAAUCCGCCGGCAGAAAAUAAAUACGAAAAAAUAAAAACAGAAUUAAUUUCGCGGUUGUCGGCGUCACAGGAGCAAAGGGUAAGACAAUUACUUACCCACGAAGAGUUAGGAGUUCGGAAACCCUCUCAAUUUCUUCGACAUCUGCGGAGCCUAGCUGGAGCUGAUGUACCGGACGAAUUCAUACGCUCGCUGUGGACGAACCGAUUGCCUAGUCACGUUCAGGCGAUUAUUGCAGCUCAAGCCGAUCUCCCCCUCGACACGGUGGCGCAAAUUGUAGAUAAGAUCCACGAGGUAUCUCUGCAACCUCAGGUAGCAGCAGCAUCGACGUCGACUUCAACACCGUCAGGAUGUCCGACGACGCUCAUAGAAAAGCUUGUUCAGCGAGUCGACGACCUGUCACGGCAAGUUGCGGAGCUAUCCAUCAGGUCCCGCUCGCGUUCGAGAAGUCGAGCGCGUUCUCCACGCUGGCGUCGACGGUCCCGGAGCCGCUCUAAUGCUGGCUCGAGCCAUUGCUGGUACCAUCGGCGUUUCGGCAACCAGUCGACGAAGUGCCGCUCCCCGUGUUCGUUUCACUCGGGAAACGAACCAAGCAGUCAGUGAAGGCGGCAACGCG